GGAAAGUACAAAUAUUUAUUUUAAUCAUAUUCAAAAAGUUUAAAACGGAUAAAUUUAAAGAUUUAGCAUCAACUAAAAAGUUGAUGAUAGCUCAAAACUUAGAUUAGGGUUUUCUUUAGUGAGAGAGGAGAGAAAAGGAGAGUUAGAAUUAGUUUUGAGAAUUCCCUAGUCCCUAUUUAGUCCCUAGUCCCUAUUUGAUAAUUACAAAUAACCAUUCAUGCAUUUGAUUUUUUUUUUCUCUUACAUUCGAACUUUUUUGAUUUUUCAACAGCAAGAUGCAGAGAAAUAACAAUAAUAAUCGCAAUUCAAAGAUCAGUUUUCUUGUAGAUGAUAUAGAAUCUGUUCUUGAAAUGAACAGAUUAUUAGAGAAAGAAAAUCAUGAUCUUAAACUCGAAAUUACUCGUCUUAAAUCUCAAAUUACUUCUUUAAAAGCUCAUGAUCUUGAACGUAAAUCUCUCUUAUGGAAGAAAUUUCAGUUUCCGAUCAAAGAUGAUAUUCAACAGAAAAGGAUUCCUCAAACAGAUCACAAAAAAUCAGUAUCAUCACCGCCACCGCCACCGCCACCGCCACCAUCGCCACCGCCACCACCUCCGCCGAGAAAAGCAGCAUUGUUAGUAUCAGCGUCGCCUCCGCCGCCGCCUCCACCACCGUUGCCGGCGAAAAUGAAGCUAAGUUCGAGAUUAUCUGUGAGGCGUGUUCCUGAUGUUAUUGAAUUUUAUCGAUAUCUUAAUAAGAGAAAUGCUCAGAUAGUUGAAAACAGAGGAUAUAAUGUGAUUGCAAGUUCUAAGGAAACUAAUCCAAGGAAUAUGAUUGGUGAAAUUGAGAAUCGAUCAUCGUACCUCUCUGCUGUGAAAUCAGACGUAGAGAUGCAACGAGAAUUUAUAAAUUACUUAAUAAAAGAGGUUAACACGGUCGUGUUCAAAGACAUAUCAGAAGUUGAAACAUUUGUAAAAUGGCUAGAUGGCGAACUGACUUGUCUAGUAGAUGAGAGAGCUGUGCUAAAACAUUUUUCGCAGUGGCCCGAAAGAAAAGCUGAUGCUCUAAGGGAAGCAGCUUGUUGCUUCAAAGACCUCAAGAAUUUAGAAUGUGAUAUUGUUUCAUACAAAGACAACCCUAAACAACCCUUGCCUCAAGCUUUAAGGCGAAUCCAGGCGUUACAAGACAGAUUGGAGAGGGUAAUAGAAAAUAUUGUGAAGGUGAGAGACGGGACUUGCAAAAGGUACAAGGAAUUGCAAAUUCCUUGGGAUUGGAUGCUUGACACUGGACUUCUUGGUCAGUUAAAGUUACGAUCAUUGAGGCUGGCUCGAGAGUAUAUCAAGAGAAUCAUUAAAGAACUAUCGAGUUCGAGAUCUUGUAAUUCAGAAGAUAUCAUACAUCAAGGUGCUCGAUUUGCAUAUCAUGUUCAUCAGUUUGCAGGAGGGUUUGACAUAGAUACAGAAAAAUUGUUUGAAGAACUCAAACAAGUUCACCACAAAUUCCACACAAGUUUGUAAGCUUCAAAUAAGAGCAAGAAAUAAUUGGCUAAGCUAUAAGCCAAUAAUCUAUAGUAUGGAAACUUCUAUGGAAACUUCUAUUACUUAUAGAACAUAGCUAGAUUAUAUAUAUAUAUAUAUAUAUAUAUAUAUAUAUAUAUAUAUAUAUAUAUAUAUUGUUUAUAUUUUUAAAAAAUUAUAACUUUUAUAAACGAGAAAUAUAUAGAAUAUGACAAUGAACUAUUUAUUAGAAUGGUAUUGUUUUUUGUUUAGUUUGUAUCAUGGAAAUAUGCAGUAUUAUAGUGUAGUUUUAAACCAA